AUGGCGCUCGCUCGACCGCUGCCCCCGCUGUGGCAGACGCUGAUGCCCGGCCUCAGCGGCAUCAAUGGCCCCGUGCGCCCCGUCCUGAACCUGCCGUUCCUGCAGCGCCUCGCCCAGUCCACGCCGUUUGCCGCGCUCGCCAUACCGUCGCUGUCGCUGCCGUCGUUCCCUUCGCUGGGCGAGAUCUGGGAUGGCAUCCUCAAGGCCGUGCCCAAGAAGAAGACGUCGUACAUGAAGAAGCGAACGCGCUUCAUGGCGGGCAAGGGCAUCCAGGACAUCACAUCACUGAACAAGUGCUCCGCCUGUGGGCGGACAAAGCGUGCACACGUCCUGUGCCCGUACUGUGUGGAUGCCAUCAAGACCAACAUCUUCCGCCAGAUCAACUGGUCGAUCAGGCGGCCCACCGAGAAGCAGAGCAAGCAGUUGGCGCGCGAGAAGCGACAGUACGCGCAGAAGAACCGCACCAUGGAGGCGGAUCCCAGGGAAGAGAAGGCGGCGCAGAUCCUCAAGCACACUGGCUGGACCUUCAAGAAGUCGGAGCGAAAGAGGGGCCACGAGAGCUCUGAGAGCACAAGAUGA